AUGAAGUCGGGUGGGCUGUCCAAACUGCAGUCCGCAGUUUCUCAAGUCAAACAGGUCAAUGCAUUGAAGGGGGACUCUGCGCUGGAGGACUCCCCGACAAUCAAGGUAUGUGUCCGAGUUCGACCGUUCAUCAAGGAGGAGGUGGAGGGGCAGCGGUCUGGCGGAGAAUGCAAGCUUUGCGUCGAGAUGCCGACAGAGACAUCUGUGAGGAUGUGGAAUCCUGAAGAGAUUGAGGAAGAUAUGCGCGCCUUCGAGUUCGACAGAUGCUACUGGUCGCACAGCUCAGACAAUCCUCUCUAUGCCACGCAGGAGACGCUGCAGAAGGAGCUGGGAGAGACGAUGCUAGAGCACGCCAUGAACGGCUUCAACAAUUGCAUCUUCGCCUACGGGCAAACAGGCAGCGGCAAGUCCUACAGCGUGCUUGGUGGCAAGGGUGAAGAGCGGGGCCUUCUUCCUCGCGUCGUAGAGGGGUUGUUCGAUCACUUCGAAAAGCUUCCUGAGGGCGCUACGUACAAGACUCUUGUUGGGUUCAUGGAGAUUUACAAUGAGCAAAUCCGUGACCUACUGGCACCUGCCACAGACAGUGAAAACAAGAAGCUAGAAGUCAAGCAGCACCCGGUUCUUGGAACCAUUGUGCCAGGUUUGACGGAGGCGGCGGUUGCAUCCUGUGAGGAGGUGCUGAACCUGGUGGACUACGGUACACAGAUGAGGCAUGUCUCGGCAACGGCGAUGAAUGCGACGAGCAGCAGAAGCCACUGCAUCUUCACCUUCAAGACUUCACUCACAGAACCAGAUCAGCCAUCGAAGGUUUCACAGACCCACCUCGUGGAUCUCGCGGGCUCAGAGCGUGCCGGCCGAACCAAAGCUACGGGCGACAGGCUCAAGGAAGGAGCCGCCAUUAAUCAGAGCUUGUCAACAUUGGCCAGGGUCAUCUCCGAGCUGGCGAAAUCUUCGAAGACGAAGAAGAAACCCAACCCUCCGUUCAGGGAAUCGAAACUGACCUACAUCCUCAAGGAGUCCCUUUGUGGGAACUCCAAGACCGUUAUGAUGGCGGCCAUCUCUCCUAACUUCCUUGACUUCGACGAGACUUUGUCGACAUUAAAAUUCGCACAGUCCGUGAAACAGGUGCAGACGAAGGCUGUUCAAAAUGCUGUUAACAUGUCCAGCGUGGAGGCGCAACUCCGCGCCGAACUGAAUGCACUGAAAUCACAGCUAAAGAUGUACGAGGAGGGAUCCCCCACUUCUUCUGCCAACGUCUCCUCCGAGGAGUUGGUGUUCUUGAAGAGGCGUCUGGAAGAACAGGAACAAUUCUGUGCCUACUAUGGCAAGGAUUGGGACAGCCUUCUCGCCGAGGAGAGGGAACGCAUGGACACGCGGAGGACGUCCCUGCAUCCCUCCAAGUUGGGCGACAGGGUCAAGAAGUCGCCGUCAGAGAAGCGGCAGGACCACAGCUCUGAUGAGGAUGCGGAUAUGGAGGAGGAUCAGGAGUCCAUCACCUGCUCUCUGCUGGAGCUCGGCAAGCCGCCCGAUGUGCUUCCGCCAGGAGGGAGACCGUCUUUGUGCGCGCCGAUUCGGAGCUCUUUGGCCGUGGUGGGGCCGAUGGCUCAGAGCCUCCUCAGGGAAGGUGCACGGCCGCGUGCCGAGAACCUGAACAGGCGAGUGCUGGAGCUUUCGCGCUUAGCAGAGGAGACCCAGGAGCUCCUAAACCGCGAAAACGGAGGCGAGAUGUCGAUUCAAGUCCUUGUGGUGGUCGAUCCGAUGGAUGAGGAGACCUUCGAGGCGGGGCUGGUGGUGCAAGCGGCCUCCUCGAAAUCCUUGCCGUCGUCCUGGGCCUGGCCGCGCAGCGAGUCCUCCGAGGCCAGCGAGGCUGGAGAGAGGAAGGUGGAUUGGUGUUCUGCGACUGAACUCAAGAAACGCCUGAACUGGCUGAAGUCCAACGCGUCAAAUUCCGACAGAAGUGCAGAAGAGAUGUGGCUUGCAGCGGCACGAGCCACUUCCGGUUAUGAUGCGCUGGAAGCUCUCCAGAAAGACAAUGCAGCGAUGGCGGCCAAAAUUGAAGAGUUGGAGUCGAGGCUUAGAGCAGCCGAAGGGCCACGCACAGCUGAGAAGGAAGGGCCCAAGCUUCGCAGUCAAAAAGCAAGGGAUGCGGUCAAAGCCAUCGCAGCCAGCUUCGAGACCGCUCUUGGAGCGAUCGAUUCCGCCCAGCUCACCUUGCAGAAAGUCAAUAUUGCGCCGCAGAAUAAUUAUUUAAUUCCUUUAAUGCUUCUUGUCAAGCCUGCGCCCAAUGGUGAUGCGGGCAGUGACAGCUGGGAGCUCGUGGGAGCUAUGGGAGGCUUUGAGAACCGUGCGUCGGCUUUCAUCUCCCAGCAGGACGAACAGUUGCAGCCAGUGCUGCGAGAGGUGUUGCAACUCUCGCGGCUGGCUGUGGGAGCUUCCACAGGAUCCUCAGAGCUCUCUGCGCUAGCGGCCAAAGUUCGCCAGCUGGCAGCAAGCAGCACAGAUGCAGCCCCUCUACUGGCAGCUCUGGACUUGCACGGCCUGGGGGAGUGCGUGGCACGCCUGCCUGGCCGGUGCGUCCACACUCUUUGCCAUUGCAUUCUUAAUUAUGCUUUAUCCAUGUGUGAAAUGUUGACGGAAGAUAUCUGUGAAGCCUUUCGCCGAGUGGUCGAGAUUCGCAGCUGCCAAGCAGUAGCCCGCAGAUUCCAGGAUACGGACUUUGCUCCCCUUCUCGACGGCAAUGAGCAGUGGCGCGCCGAGCUCGACUGCUGGAAAGCGCUGCUGGCGCCCUUCCCUUGGAGCAACGCUCGGGCAUCGGUCAUGAGUCAAGUUCUUGCUGCGGCAGACCUCUCGGAGCCGUUGACCAUGCAUCCACAACUCGUGCGCUCUUUCGAGAUACUGCGUUGCUUGGGUGCAGACCUGCUGGACAAUGACAUAAAAGGUUCGGUGGCGAGGCUGCAGCGGCACGGUGAGAAACUGGCUUGUUGGGCAAGCACGGAGAUCACAGAGAACACGCUGCUUGCUUAUCGGCAGAGUGUAGGUCGCAAGGAGAAUGAUGCGGUGUCGCUCAAACCAGCAGAGGCAGCAGAAGAAGCUGCAAAGGCCAGGGGAGCACUCGAUGCCGCAGCGAAGAAGCUUGGCUUCGUCCCGUCCGCACUCAAGGGCCGAGUGCCGACACUGGCGCUCGUCCGCUUGGCCGCGCGAGUGCUUCGUGAGGUGGACGAGGCAGCUUUGCCACCAGCUGGACAGGCCUUGGCUCGUCAGCUUGUGGAGGAAGCCAACAAGCAGCCAGACCCCGCACUUCGAAACUCGAUCCUGCAGUUUUUGCUGCGAGUGGCUCAGGAGUUCUUGACACGAGCAACUUCCAAACCGAAAACUCUCUGCUUGAACUUCGAGCUUUUAGCUGGUGGAUCGCCCAGCAUGCAACUUCUUCGCGAUCUUGAGACUCAUCCGUCCGCCCAGCUCGUCCUCAACAACAUGGCACUGUCGGAGCUGCUGCAGGUGAUGUCCCGCAUCCUUGAAGCUCAUCGGAUGGUGCACGGGGAGAAGGAGCUGCCGCACGAGGCUCUUCGCCGUUGGUCCUCACGCACAGCUGCCACAGCGGCUGUGCCGCCGCGAGAGCUGGCCUCGCUUAGCGCGGAUCUGGAGGAUUUUCUUAAGCAGAACCAUGCGGCGCGACUUGCAGAUCUGGACGAGUCCCUGGCCUCCUGCGCUAUGCGGGCGCUGAACUCAUUGGGAGAAGGCGGUGGCAGGGGUGGGGGCCAAGUCAUAGGUCAGUUGACGCACGGAGGGCACAUGGCGCAGGCGACAAGACUGAAUGGGGUGCUUUCUACGCGUUCCGGGGCACAGCUUUGGAUCCAAAUAUCGGCGCUCAUCUUCCUUACCUUCUUGUGCUGGAUUUUGGUUGUGCACCGCAUCAGUCCGACUGCACGCGCUUUGUCGCAUGACACGUUCAUAGCGGCAUCACAUGCAUCGCGACCAGCUCCGGUCGUGCCUUGCGGUCUCACGCCUGCCCACCACGCUGGGCGUCCAUCGCGGAAGACCUGCGAACCGCCAGCGAAACCCAAGUGGUCAUGGCCCCUGAGCCUCGGUCUGAUCCUCACUCUCAGCCUUUCCCUUUCUGCCUCAAAGAGCCAAGUUUCCGGCUCCAGCUUGCCGAAAGCUUCACCACGUGCCUUCUUGAUCCCAAUCGCUAAGUCCGCUAAGUCAAGUGAGUCGAGGGUGAAGCUCCAAGCUUUUGCCGGUGGCUUGGAAGGGUGUGAUCAUCACGGGGCAGGGCGUUACGAAUUCGAUCCUUUGGACUUUUGUAACAACUUCCCCGAGCAUCUCCCCUGGUAUAGAGAGGCAGAGGUAAAGCAUGGGCGUGUUGCUAUGUUGGCUUAUGUUGGAUUGGUUGUUCCUGACUUUGCUCGCUUCCCUGAUGCAAUCUUCCACCAGAAGGGCACGGACGUUAUCACCGCCCACUCAAUUCUCUUGAGCGCUGGCUUUGGCAAAGGUCCGAUGUGGUGGUUCUGUGGGCUGGCAGAGGCACUGCGUGUCUGGCAGCUUGGUGUGGAUUUCGAGCUCCUGACGCUGGACACCGCAGGCGAUUAUGCCAUGGGCGAGCCGUUUUUCCAGGACGAAGACGAGAUAUCGAUUCUCAAGACGCAGGAACUGAAGCAUGGAAGGCUGGCCAUGAUUGCAGUCGGUGGAGCAAUCACUCAAGCUGUUUCAUGCAACGCGCAUCAUUUUCCGUUUGUUCCAUGA